AUGACGACUGCUCCUAACGAACAACCGCGAAAUGUUAUCAACACACUGCCCACCGAGCUGAUGAUCGAAAUAUUCGAUUAUUGUCGUUUCGAGUUGGACAUCAUAGCCCCCGACUUGAUGGACCCGACCACCGCUCCCCGACUACUCAUGCAUGUGUGUCAACAUUGGCGCUAUAUCGUCACAACAACACCCCAGUUGUGGGACGCCUUCCUCAUCGACGUCAGCGAAAGAGUGUGGGAGACGGAAUUCGAAGAAUGCAUACGUCGCUCGGCAGACCGAAGGCUUACCGUGACGCUUCUCAGCGGAUGGGAGGACCCGCUUGACGGCUUGGACUACGCCAACCUGCGGAUGUUUGCGCAAUAUUGCCACCGUGUUAAACACCUCAAAAUCGACAUAACUCAAAUGAUUUUCCUGCUGGUCAACCAGUUCCUUUCCACCUCGGUUCUUCUUGCAGACCGCCGGGACCAUCUCCAGUUCCCAGCAUUGAAAAGCUUCUCCAUCGCGCGCGAGCUGUACUGGGACGAUCCCACGAUGAUUUUCAAGGUGUAUCCCAUCACUGCGUUCAGCGAGGCACCAGAGCUGCAAAACCUGCUUCUCGGUGCCAUACCCGCUGCUGGUUUUAAAUUCGACUAUAAUGCCUAUGGAGCCAAUCUGGUCCAUUUUGGCUCCGUUGUGGAGUCGCUCAACGAAUUGAACGAUUUGUUUUCCGACAUGCCCAACUUGAAUUCCGCCGCAGUGGUGAUCAAAAUCAGCCAUAACUUGGAAGGCAUUGCAGGAAGCCUGAGAGCAGCCCCGACGGUUCACCAUGCCUGCCUACAAGAGCUGAAACUCGACUUGAUGUGGGGGCAGAAUGGCUUAGAGCCGUCCGUCCUUCCUGAUAUAGUCGCAUGCUUCAUGCUGCCCGCUCUGAAAUCAUUGGUUCUGCCUUAUAUGCAGAACAAGAAAUGGGGUCAAAUUUUAGCGGAGCGGUCACCACAGCUCGCCGAACUUACCAUAUCUGGCUCUGGGGAAUACCCUUGGUACGAAACGACUCAAGGCAUCAUCGAUCUAUUCAAGCCGCUCCCGACCCUUCGUCUCAUUAGUGUGCAAGAUGCCACACCGGAAUUCCUGCGCUCUUUCUUUGACGCCUACGGGUCCGAGCUCAGCAUAUUUCCCAUGCUCCAGGAGCUUCUUUUCGAGCGUCUCAGCCCACCAGAGAUUGCAUUAUAUGCUUUCCUUAUGUUCGCUGGUCCUGCAAUUAGCUUGCGAAAGCAUUCGGCACCUCUCGUCACCUUACGCUCCGUCACCGCUCAGGCGAUCGGAACUACCCAAGACGUAUACCCACCCCCUGAAUAUGCCGCCAUACUGCAAAAACUUGCAUCUCAGGGAAUCGAGUUCGAUAUAUCGUACUCGGUGGAAUCGGAUGAUCUCGAUGAGGAAAUGGAAGAGACUAUUAUAUCUGUUGAACCUGCGGUUAUCUCGAAAGACUUAGUGGUCUCAUGGCUGGAGUAG